AGCGGUAACCGGAAGUUGUAGGCAGAAAUAGGAAGUGUUCCAGAAAGAUGGCGACCUUUGCUUGCUGGGCUGUGUUAUGCUUCUUAUUAGCGCUGAGUACCGCAGACGACCCGCAAACAGGUGUGAAUAAAGGGGAAAAAGAUAGUCCGGCACAGAAGGCCUCAGACGACAAGGAGCAGCAGCAGCCCCUGGUGGCUGGCAAGGAGCAGCUGCAGCCCCCGGUUGCUGGCAAGCAGCAGCAGCUGCAGCCCCCGGUUGCUAGCAAGGAGCACCAGCAGCAGCCCCCGGUUGCUGGCAAGGAGGAGAAGCAGCCCUCGGUUGCUGGCAAGGAGGAGAAGCAGCCCUCGGUUGCUGGCAAGGAGGAGAAGCAGCCCUCGGUUGCUGGCAAGGAGGAGAAGCAGCCCUCGGUUGCUGGCAAGGAGGGGGAGCAGCCCCCGGUUGCUGGCAAGGAGGAGAAGCAGCCCCCGGUUGCUGGCAAGGAGGAGAAGCAGCCCCCGGUUGCUGGCAAGGAGGAGAAGCAGCCCUCGGUUGCUGGCAAGGAGGAGAAGCAACCCUCGGUUGCUGGCGAGGAGAAGCAGCCCUCGGUUGCUGGCGAGGAAGAGAAGCAGCCCCCGGUUGCUGGCGAGGAGGAGAAGCAGCCCCCGGUUGCUGGCGAGGAGGAGAAGCAGCCCCCGGUUGCUGGCGAGGAGGAGAAGCAGCCCCCGGUUGCUGGCGAGGAGGAGAAGCAGCCCCCGGUUGCUGGCGAGGAGGAGAAGCAGCCCCCGGUUGCUGGCGAGGAGGAGAAGCAGCCCCCGGUUGCUGGCCAGGAGGAGAAGCAGCCCCCGGUUGCUGGCCAGGAGGAGAAGCAGCCCCCGGUUGCUGGCCAGGAGGAGAAGCAGCCCCCGGUUGCUGGCAAGGAGGAGAAGCAGCCCUCGGUUGCUGGCAAGGAGGAGAAGCAGCAGUCCCAGGGCAGCCUGCCAGAGAGCAAGAAGAUAGAGAACACUUUAGACCAAGAUGAAGAGGACAAUGCCCAAGAGAACAAUCAGAAUUCUAAUAAUGAAGACUAUGAAGAAAAUGCUGGAGUAAUUGAUCCAGGCGAUCCUGGGAAGUCUCCAAAUUUAGAGGAUGACACAGAUCAUAAUAAUGAGCGAAAGGAUGAAGAAGAUAUAGACAAUGAUGACCUAGAUGAGCCAAAUAACUCAGACACAGAUCUGAAGAGCAUAAAGAAAAAUGAUGUGGUUCUAAAUGAAGUACCCCUUAAUGAAUCGGAAAGCAGCCAUUUCUUUACCUACCUUGUUACUUCCGCCAUCCUAGUGGCUGUACUGUACAUCGCUUAUCACAAUAAACGCAAGAUCAUUGCAUUUGCAUUAGAAGGAAAACGCUCAAGAGGAGGCAGACGACCAAAUUCUGGAGAAUACCAGCGCCUGGAACACAAAAUUUAAAAGCACCUGUCUCUCGUACCUAAAGUAGGCCCCAAGACAACCAGGACCAUCCCCUCAGAGAGAUCGUUCCAUGGGUCACAAGCACUCCAUAUUUGCACUAUUUUCUUAGAAAUGCAUGUAACAUUAAUUGUAUCCAUUUCUAUAAUCUGUUGGUUACACCUGUGAAAAUUUCCAAUUCGUAUUUCCUUCAAGGUAGCACCUCCCUUGCCUCUUCUCUGUAUUAUUUAUCACACAGCUCCAUCUCCAUCUUUUGGUU